UCACUGUCUGCACUGCCCUGGAUACAGUUACACACUUGUCAGGUGGAAACGGAGAGCCUCGUGUCGUUUGCCUUCAUUUCGCUGCUCACCUUCAUGUCGGGCUCUCAGGCAGGUUUUUUUUUUGUGGAAACCGGUUGUAAUUAUGCCGGUUCGGUCGUGAUAAACGGUCCAAAUGAAUGACUGUAAGCCAUGGAAACAGUGCGAGAAGAAGGCGGACAGGGGGGCGAGGAUGAGGAGGCCAAAGAAGACGCCAGAAGUAUAACUGACGUGUCCGUGGAAGUGGCUACGGUGGACGCAACUCUUCAUAAACUAUGCAGAAGAUACAACAGACGCAGAAGGAGAGCAAAAAAAAAAAAGAAGAGGAACCCGCUGUUUGAGCUACAGAAUCUGGCCAUCCUCAUCACAGUGGUGGUGUUUGUCAUUGUGGUGAUAAUGUGGUCACUUCUGUGGGUGUUUAUAUUCCGCAGAGAGAGCAACAGUGGUGUGUAUUUUGCUGGUAUGUUUCGUGUUGCCAAUGUGGAGUUUAUACCAGAGUACCGGCAUGCAGACUCCAGUGAGUUUGUUUCCAUGGCAAACCGCAUACAGCAUGUGAUAACCAGCGUAUACCGAACCUCAUCAGUGGCCAGACUCUACAAGCAAACCGUCAUCUCUGAUCUGAGUAACAAUAAUCAAGGUGGUGUGCUGGUGCACUUCUGGAUGGUGUUUUUGGUUCCGCAAUUGAAGACUCCAGCGGUGUGUGAGGAGUGUGUCAGUGCCAUCCUGAGGGACUCUGUGCUCAUGAGUAUGAAGAACAGGUCUACAGUGGGCUUUCUGCAGGGUCUUCCUGUCGACAUCGACUCCAUUCUCGUCAAUGUUGCUUUACGGUCAGAUUAUACAUCAACAGCUGUGGGCUCUCAGUGUGUGGAUAAGCUGUACGCAGGUGUUCCUGGUGUGAAUGUUCCCCUCAAUGUGUUUUCCUCAUGGGGAGGCUUGAGCUGCUACAUCAAACUGACAAGCGUCCCAGGCUCCGUUAUCCAGCUCACUGUGAAGAGUUUGCGCCUUGAUCCGAGUGACUGCAUUUUUGAUGCCCUCAUUGUAUAUGAUGCUCUGCUUCCCAUGAGAGGCAUGAUUCUGUACAGGUUUUGUGAAUCAGUGUCAGCCCCGAUCUCAUUGGUCUCCACCUCCAAUGUCAUGCUACUCUCCUUCAGACUCACACAAGGCAGCAAGAUCUUCCGAGGAUUUUUCCAAGCGCUCAUGGAAGAGCAGUGUAUUAAUAUGGUAGCAUUGCCUGAUGGCCUAGGCGAUGCUGGAACAAUAACCAGUCCUUUUUACCCCAGUCUGUUGCCCCGUCUGUGCUCCUGCACCUGGAUGUUUCAGGUGGUCAGCGGUUCUCUGGGUGUGGCUCUCAGGUUCCAGAACUACAUGCUAAAGCUAAAAGACUCACAAAAUUGUGAACACGGCUGGUGGAAAGUCAAUGAGAUUAUAUACUGUGGAAAUUACAUUGACCACUCAACGGUCUUCCGUAUUCCUGCGCAAAACCCUGAAGUGGUUUUCCGCUGCAGCUCACGAAACGCUGACCAGCCCUUCAGUGCCACUUACAGCAGCUACAACACCAGCCAGCCAUGUCCAGACACCCACUUCCUGUGCUCCACGGGUCUGUGUGUGGAGAAGUUUAAGCGCUGUGAUGGACUGGAUGACUGUCAGGAUGAAAGCGAUGAGAUUUUUUGUUCCAAACCUCCUAAAAUCUGUGGUGGUUCAUCCCCUUUGCAUCCAUUAUACAUUUGUAAUGGAGAGAUGGACUGUUCCAGUGGUAAAGAUGAGACAAACUGUACUCAGGAGACUAGCUGUUCUGGAGUCAGUUAUCAGUGUGGCAAUGGAGCCUGCAUUCUUAAGAAAAAUGCUAAAUGUGACGGCUUUCCCGACUGCUUUGACCAGAGCGAUGAAAAGAACUGUGCCUGUGGCAAACCCUCUCAUGUAAAACGUGUAUUAGAUGCCACCAGCCCUCAGCAGCGUAUUGUGGGCGGAGUCAAUGCCGUGGAGGGGGAGUGGCCAUGGCAGGUCAGCAUGCAUUUUUCUGGUCAGCUGUAUUGCGGAGCUUCAGUCCUCUCUGAUGUGUGGCUUAUUUCUGCAGCACACUGUUACAGCAAAGAAAGGUUGGCAGAUCCACGUAUGUGGAUGGCACAUCUGGGCAUGCUGAACCAGGGCAGUGCCAAGCAUGUGGCCGAGAUCCGUCGAAUUGUGGUGCAUGAGUACUACAAUGCAAGAAAUUUUGACUAUGAUAUUGCCCUACUGCAGUUGAAGAAGGUCUGGCCCAGCGGCCUGGAACAAUAUAUCCAGCCUGUCUGCCUGCCGGCCCCUUCCCAAACCUUCACUGAGGGACACCGCUGCUGGGUGACUGGCUGGGGUUAUCGUUCUGAACAGGAUAAGGUACUACCCACAGUUUUGCAAAAGGCGGAGGUUAAUGUUUUAAGUCAGAGUGAAUGCAAGAGAAGUUACGGCCCCGUGUCGCCCCGUAUGCUGUGCGCUGGUGUGCCCUCAGGAGAACAGGAUGCCUGCCGGGGGGACUCGGGCGGUCCUCUGUCUUGUCAAGCACAGACGGGCAGCCGCUGGUUUCUGACUGGUAUUGUGAGUUGGGGUUCUGGCUGUGGCAGGCCAUACCUUCCCGGAGUUUACACCAGAGUAGCCAAGUUCAUAGACUGGAUACAAAGACAUAUUCAGGAUGAAAACUCAUUAAAAACAGCCAAGUAAAUCCACCUCAUAAUACAUUUUGCUAAUUAUUCUCUAAACCAGCCAUUUUCAUCUAAAAACUGUUCCAGAGCAAGUAAAUGCAUUACGGUAUGGACUGUCAAUGAUGUAAGACUGAAUAUAUAUUUGUCUUGAGGAAAAUUAAUGGUGUAUUUAAAAAAAGAAAAUAUACUUAAGUUCAAACACAAAAAAGUACUGUAUAAUAGUGAAUGACAACUUCAAGGAUGUUUUGUAAAAUGGCCGCUAAACUGGACAUCAAGACUUCAAUUCCAAAUCUUUGGGUUUCAUGCUGAAUGUUCAAUCCUUUUUGUAUCUCCUUGCUAGAGGCAGCUGCAUGAACUAAUGGUGAUAUCGACUUUUGAGGUUAUUGGCUGCCCUUGCCUUUGUAUUGUUGCCAUUUUAUUUCAUUUUUAACUGGUAGCGAGAAGAUACAUUUUAUGUCAGGCUGCAUAUAUGGACAUUGGUUGUGCUUGUGUAAACAGGUUUGAUAAA